UAACGAUCUCAGACUCAAAAUUUCAGAAAUGGCAAGAGGGGCUCUUCUUCACUUGGUUCGUUCUCAAACUCGUCAUCUCACCUCCAGAAACCUCCGUUCAGGUCAUCAUUUUGGUAGGUUUGAAACGUGGGUGCAUACACCAAGUGCCAGAACCCACAACUAUUCUGCCACACUACUUACGGCUUCCCAGAAAAGAUGGGCAUCUCAAUCUACAGCAGACGACAACAGCAAGAUCAGCAUAGGACCUCGUAAAGGGGGAGCAUCUGGGGACGAUGAAAAAGACACCGGGGUCAUUUACUAUGGUCCAAUUUCCAACACUAUCAAGAAAGUGAAGCUUCUCUCUCUCUCCACCUGCUGCCUCUCCGUGUCUUUAGGCCCUGUGAUAACCUUCAUGACAUCUCCUGGCCUAAAUGUCAUCCUGAAGGGUGCAGUUGCAUCAACAGUUAUAUUCUUCAGUGCUUCUACCACCGCGGCCCUUCAUUGGUUCGUUAGCCCAUAUAUUCAUAAGCUCAGAUGGCAGCCUGGUUCAGACAGCUUCGAGGUGGAGAUGCUGUCUUGGCUGGCAACAUAUAUUCCGAAGACGAUUAAGUUUGCUGAUAUCAGGCCACCAGAGACCAACAGGCCUUUUGUGACCUUUAAGGCUAAUGGGAAUUUCUACUUUGUUGAUGCUGAGCACUGUCAUAACAAGGCUUUGUUGGCGAAACUAACCCCACGGCAAGCACCAGAGUCAGCUUUCAAGAACUUGUGAUCAGGACCUCUUGCUGCGAGUAACUUGGAAGGUUUAAUGUUAUGAAGAUAGUCUACGUUAUACAUUAGGGCUCGUGAUUAGCCCGGUUGUUUGAGGUUUUAACAGCAUUUUGUUUUAUCCUUUUUAUUUUCUGUUUAUUUGGUGGAAUUGGGUUGAGGGAAAUCAAUGAGACAUUAGAUUUUAAUUGUUCGAGACAAUAAAUAUUAGUUCUUUGUUUGAACUUUACAUGCCCAAGAUUUGGUGAUACUUUAUUUUUUUCAGGGCUCAAGAUGCUCUGCAAACAAUGC